AUGAAAUUUGACUUCAGAGUACCCCACAACACAAUUUCUCUAUGCGUUCGUGAAGUAUGUCAGGCCAUCAUAAAUGAGUAUAAGGACGAGUGUCUUCAAUGUCCAAUCACUCAAGUAGAAUGGCGUGAAAUUUCUGCAGAGUUUUGUCGCAAAUGGAACAUGCCCCAUGCAUGUGGCGCACUUGAUGGAAAGCACAUUGCUUGUAGACGUCCUCGCAACAGCGGUAGUUUGUAUUAUAACUAUAAAGGUUUUUUCUCAAUCAUGCUCAUGGGCCUUGUUGAUGCAGACUAUAAAUUCUUGUGGAUUGAUGUAGGUGGAUAUGGACACAUGUCCGAUUCUCAGAUUUUCAACGCGUCCGAGCUGAAGGAAUGUUUAGAGGACAGCAGCAUUGGAUUUCCUGCUGCAGACCCACUUCCGAAUGAUGAAAUACCAACAUCGUACUUCAUUCUGGGUGACGAUGCUUUCGGGCUUUGCACAUACCUCAUGAAGCCAUAUUCACAGCGCCAAAUGACAAAAGAGCAAAGAAUUUUUAAUUACCGAGUGUCGAGGAGUCGACGUAUUGUUGAGAAUGCGUUUGGAAUCAUGGCGCAGAGCUGGCAGAUUCUAUUUACAACAAUGCAACAAGAACCCGAAACAAUCGCUAUAAUCGUCGAAACAUUUUGA